UGAAAACUGAACCCCCCCUUGGCAAAUCCUGGCGUGACAAAUACGCAUGGACAGUUAGGCUAGACAGUGCAUUCAACGCCUAUUCUAGAAAUUAAUGUUAAGGUAUAAAUGAUGCUGAACCAACACCGCGUUUUACUUCAGGGUCACGAACUCUAAACUGAAAGUGAAACUAAAAACCUGAGAACUGAAACUGAAAGUCCUUACGCGUGUCGUCUGCAAAAUUCCCGAUACGCCCUCUAUUUCUUAUGUUUAUCGGUCGUCCCUCCAGUGGUAGGUGGUGAACGGGAUGGCUGCAAUUUCUGAAAGAAUAUUAUUACUAAACAAAACAACUAAGGUGAUAAGCUGAAGAACAAAACGCUGAAGAACAAAAUCUCCACAGAGCCAGCGGAACUGAAAAAGUGCGCGUCAGUUUUCAGCUUCAAUAGAAACACGAGCGGUAAUCAAAUUUGGCGUUCGUUUUUGUCAAAAUAUACAGGGGAGGGCCUCAAAAGAUAGAUCUAUAUAAGUAGACUUCAAGCAUUUUUAUUUUUUUGCCAUCUCUGUGAUCAAAUGAUAUUUCAAUCAAUUCGGACAAUGGGACAUAAAAUACAAUGGCACAAUUCCGAACAGAUUUAUAUUUGACUCGUUCAUAGAAUUAGUGUAGUAACCGAAUGCAAUAUUACUAAUUUUAUUUAGAGCUUUUAUCUUUCUUGGAUAUAAUAAAACGACUAAUGAUACAAGACAAAUGAUAUCACGAAUAAAAAAAUCAAAAAAUCAAUGAUAUGCAGGCUGGUUAGGUAUGGGCUAUAGAUAUAUCAUGUUUAUCAGAUAUAUCUGAUAGAGAUGGGGCUUGUCAUGAAUAAUUCUGGAACUCAAAAAACAUGGCAGAUUUAGAAAGAUUUGAUGGAAUGCUGCUUGGUAUGGCCCAGCAGUGUGAGGGAGGUAUCCAAGAGAUGCUAGAGGUGAUAUUUAGUUUCCUUGCCAGAAAAACAGACUUCUAUACUGGGACUGGCCUGGACUCAAACCAAGCUGAAGAGCUAAUCAUGAAAAAUUUCAAGAAAUUUCAAAAAUCAGCCCUAGAAACCAAAGAGCAGGCAAAGAAGGAGCGUGAAGAGGCAGAGAGACGAAGAAAGGAACGCCAAAAGAAGAAAGAAGAAGAGGAACGCAAGCAAAUGGAAGAGCCAAAAAUUAAAGAAAUUACAGAUGAAGAAGCUGAGCAGAUGCAAAAAGAAAUCAGUAAUGGCACUCCUGAUGAUAAACCAAAAGAUAAACCUGAAGAUGGGAAAGAAGGGGUUGAUUCAGAUGAAGAAGAUGAAAAAGACAAGGGAAAAUUAAAACCCAACUCUGGUAAUGGAGCAGAUAUGGACAAAUACUGCUGGACUCAAACGCUAGAAGAAUUAGAAGUGCGAAUACCAUUUAAAGUUACAUUCCCUAUCAAAUCUAAAGAUGUGGUCGUGGAGUUUCACAAAAAACAUAUAAAAGCCGGUCUCAAGGGUAUGCCACCAGUCAUAGAUGGCGAACUAUUCAACAAUAUCAAAUUGGAAGAGUGUACUUGGACGAUACAAGACAGGAAAGAAGUUAUUCUUUCAAUAGAAAAAGUGAACAAGAUGGAAUGGUGGAGUAGAGUAGUCACAACUGAUCCUGAAAUAAACACUAAAAAGGUUUCCCCAGAAAAUUCCAAACUUUCAGAUUUAGAUGGUGAAACAAGAGGUAUGGUGGAGAAAAUGAUGUAUGACCAACGCCAGAAAGAAAUGGGUCUGCCAACUUCAGAUGAUCAGAAAAAACAGGAUAUGAUGAAAAAGUUCAUGACCCAACAUCCCGAAAUGGACUUCUCAAACUGUAAAUUUAAUUAGGAGAUUAGACAAUUAUUUCAUUCUCCAAAGGAGAAGGGCUUCGUGGAUAAUCACAAGUGGCACAGGCAUUCACCGCAGAAGAAUAAAAUGUUUGUUUUAUUAUAUUACUGUCAAGCUUACAAUACUCAAUUUUAAAUUCUAAACAUACAGAUAUUACAGGUUUUAACUUCUGUUUACAUGUGUCAUUAUAUCCUGGACCUUCUUUGAAGAUUUUUGAGAGAAAUGACUACCGAUAGUUAUUCAAUGGUUGUCUAAUUUUAUGAGCAUGAUCACUGAC